UCGCGGUCGCGGAGCGGCCUCUCACGCCGAUGGGCUCCGUGGCUUAGCCCCUCGUGCGCGCGCCUCGCCACUCGUGACUGCGCCGAGGCCCCAGGGGUCGCCGCCGAGGUCUCCUUCCGCGGGAGCAUGGCGGCCAUCCCCUCCAGCGGCUCGCUCGUGGCCACCCACGACUACUACCGGCGCCGCCUGGGGUCCACUUCCAGUAACAGUUCCUGUGGAAGUGCUGAGUUCCCUGGGGAGGCCAUCCCCCACUCCCCCGGGCUUCCCAAGGCCGACCCCGGCCAUUGGUGGGCCAGCUUCUUCUUCGGGAAAGCUGCCACUCCAUUCAUGGCCCCGGUAUUGGAGUCUCCAGAGCACCUGGGAUCCCCCCAGGCCUGUGACCUGGCAAAGGACGCCAUGGAGAAGCCCCCUGGCAGCCCAGCCUCCCCAGCACCAGGCCCUUGAUCAGCCAUCACCACCACCUGCAGGGCCCCUCCUGCCCACCCCAUAGAGGAGGCAGGCUAUAGUCGGAGAAGUGCCAGGUUCUUUUUAUAGAAAAAACAAAAGACCAAAAAGCUGAGAGAAUCCCCUCUGUACUAUCCGAUCACACUCGCUUUCCCAACCCCUGCAGCCCUCACCUAGCACCGUGUGGAAGUAAACACAAAACCACUA